AUGCUCAGUCUGUUUGUCAUGCCAUCUUUCGAUGGAAAAUUUCGAUGUUAUGAACUUGUCUUCCCCAUAACCCGCCGGCUAGUGUUAACCGAAGAGUUGGAGCAGCGUCGAUGUCGCGGCCAUAACACGGGGAUGCCGGUCAACAUGGUCGUGGUGCAUGGGCAAGUCGACUGGAAUUGCAGGUUAUUUCUCGAGCAAGGGAAGGCGGCGACCUUCAUAUAUCAACUAUCCGUUCGCCAGGCAGCAUCGUUGACUAGCCGGCUCUACCGCGUAACAAAGCUUGACAGGGUAAACAAACUCGAGCGAAGGAGCCGUGGUGGUCUUAUCGUCGCUGUUACUAUGUACUGGCAGCCAAACGUUAACAGACGCCAGUCUUUCUACAGCAGAGUUAAAUCUGCAAGCAAAAAAUGCAACGGCUUCUGUCAGGGAAACUUCACGUUGUUGGAUGGUUUUAUACUGAUGGCAGCCUUAGACGAUGCCGAAGGUAUCAUAUUGUACUGUGCUAUCUUGGAAGCUGUGUCUACGGAGUACUCUGGAACGAGAAUGUAUACGGCAUGCCCGUCGUAUAGCACAUGCAAUACCUCUGGCAUCGAGGGUGAAUGGUUGACAGUUGUUCCACGGACAGAAGGAACAGCAACGUGUGCCGUGCUUCAAAAGAUGAAACCCCCAGAGCCGGGCUCCCAUCGCAAAUAUAGGGUCGGGAUGGUUGCACACGGCUAA